AUGCUCUACUAUAGUGGGCAUACUAGACGAAUAGGCAACGUCGACGAUGGAUCGACUGUCACAGAUUUUUUACCUCUCGAGCGCGCUAGAGGCGUAACCAUCCAAUCAGCUGCAAUUUCAUUCCACUGGCCACCACUUCCAGAUGCCUCCAUUCCGAACCCUUCAUCGACUCAGACAGCAAUCUCAGAUCCUCACAACAUCAAUUUGAUUGACACCCCCGGCCAUGCAGAUUUUACAUUCGAGGUUUUGCGCUCACUCCGAAUCCUGGAUGGUGCUGUCUGUAUCCUCGAUGCUGUUGCGGGUGUCGAAGCUCAAACUGAAAAGGUUUGGUUACAGGCUGCGAAGUAUCGGAUACCAAAGCUCGUGUAUGUUAACAAGCUCGAUCGAGAAGGCGCAGCCUUUGGCGAGACCGUGAGGCAGAUUGCUUCUCGACUGCGCGCUUGGCCUGCUGUUUGCUCGAUUCCUUGGUGGGAAGGUGGAAAGGGUGCUUUCACUGGCAUAGGUGAUGCUGUGAGUUUGCAAGCUAUCAAGUGGCCGCGUGAGGGCGACGGUACCAAGUUUGAGAUCCACAGUCUAGCCAGCCUACACCAAAGCGAGCCACGAUUCGCAACAGAGAUUGAAAAGGCUCGUGCAGCUCUGGUCGAACUUUUGAGCGAACAUGACGAAGGUAUGGUCAAUGAUUACCUUGAAGCUGGUGGCGACCCGCUUGCUAUUUCCAGCAGCAAAAUGGUCACUAGUCUUCGUCGUGCGGUUUGCAAUCUGGAUCUAAAUGUCGCGCCCAUCUUCGCUGGUGCCAGCUUCAAGAACAUUGGCGUACAGCCAUUACUUGAUGCAGUCGUACAGCUACUUCCAUAUCCAACCGAAGCCCCAGAUCCGGUUGUCAAGCUCGGUGAACAGCAGGGCACCCUCUCUGAGUUAUUGCGCGGCGAACUAAUGCGCACCCAAAGUGUGACUAAAUCCAAUAAGAGUCUAGCACACCGUAAGCAGCCCAGUGCGGCCCUCAUACAGAAUCUGGAGGCUUGUGCAUUGGCCUUCAAGGUGGUGUUUGAUCCUCGUCGGGGGAUGCUGGUCUACGUCAGAGUCUACUCAGGAAGCAUACAGCGCCAAUCCGUGCUAUUCAACACAAAUCUUCAAGUGUCGGAGAAGGCACCGCAGUUACUUAAAAUGUACGCCAACGAGGCUGUCCAAAUUGAUGCCAUUCCAGCAGGCCAGAUCGGCGUGAUUACAGGUCUCAAGCAUGCCAGGACAGGCGAUACACUAGUAGCUUACGCUGGCGGGAGUCAGAAGUCAGGGCCACCCGCACCGCUCAACUCUCUUCAGCUACGACCUAUUGAGGUGCCUCCAGCAGUGUUCUUUGCAAGUAUCGAAGCGAACAGUCCGAGCGACGAAAAGAACAAGAUUGAAUGCCUUGAUCUCCUAGUCCGGGAGGAUCCAAGUCUACAAGUCACUCAAGAUGAAGACUCUGGCCAGACAUUAUUAAGUGGUAUGGGUGGAUUUCAUCUUGAGAUUGCCCAGGCAAGACUGAAAGAUGACCUCAAAGCCAAAGCUAAGAUGGGGAACAUCGAGAUUGCCUACAGAGAAGCUAUACUCUCUGCAUCCCCUGCCGAUGUUUAUGUUUUGGACCGUGAGCAGGGUGGCAAGCAAGCUCGAGCUUCAUGCAUAGCCAAAGUUGAGCCCCUAGACGAAGAUCCCACAGCUGAGCUCAAUUUUGAGCCUGACUUUACGACCAUCGAGGAUGGCAACAGAAUCAGUAUCAAAUUUGAAGCAACGACAGACGAGUCAAAAGAAACCGAGUGGAAUCGCAACUUGCCUCAUCAUCUCGAUUUCCAGAUUCUUCACGAAUCCCUCAAGAACGGCGCGUUAGCAGCCCUCAGUCGUGGCGGCAACUUUCUCUUCCCCAUGCACAACACCCAUGUCAUUCUGACAUUCGACCCGAGAGCCCACAUAUUCGGCACCGACACAACACCCGCAGCACUCUCUGCCGCUGCCCGCAACGCAACAAAAGCAGCCUUGAAAGCCACUGCGCUGCAACAUGGAUCUGCGAUUAUGGAACUCGUGAUGCACGUUACCGUCAGCACCGAUGAAGCAAGUCUUGGCGCUGUAGUCAACGAUCUUUCUUCCUCUCGCGGUGGACACGUACUGUCCCUCGACGAUGGAAGCGUGGCAUCUGGUCCCGCUGUCAACGAGGCUCCUGGCGAGUUUCCGCGCAUCGAUGUCAGUAAAGUAUAUGUGCCACCUGACCCCUAUGGGCCCUCGCAAAUGCAGGAACAAGGUAUUGCCAUCGAUGGAUCGAGGCAGAAGAGCAUUGUCGCGCGUGUGCCAUUAAAGGAGAUGGUAGGGUACUUGAAGCAUUUGAGAAGCCUGACUGGAGGAAGGGGUACGUUUGUGAUGAACCCUGACAAAUUUGAGCGGGUUGUUGGACAGAGAGAAAAAUUACUUAUAAAAGAUUUAAAAGGUUACUGA